AUGGGUGCAACACUCUCUUCACCACAACUGGACGGUGGUAUGUUGGCCGCACCAGGUCCUGAGGCACCAGGCCUUGAGGCACCAGGCCCUUUCAGUUCUGCUUUCAGUAUUGCUGCUGCCGACACCAAUUCUCUGGGAUUCACUGCGAGCUUGCUCUUUGGCAAUAAUAUUCUGGCUCAAUACACUGAUACUGUCAGUCAUGUACAGACGGUCACGUGCUCUGCAUCAUAUGACUACGUCGAUUUCGAAGCGGGUUUCUGGGCCGCCCCCAUCAGCAAGUCUCUUGUGUCCGAUUGCGAACACGCAGAUUGGCGCUGGACAUUUGUUCUUCUCCAUCGUUCCCCUCCUCGAUGGCCCGCUGUCUACAUCUGCCAUUGA